AUGCCAGGCCCCAUGCGGGCGCUCAGGCCGGCCGGAAAAGACAGAGCUCUUGGAAGACUCGGGCCCGGCCGGCGCCAACGCGGCGCUCAUGCCAGGCAGAGCAACUGUGGCCAGCGUCUGCUAGUGCAUCUCUCCCCUUUACCCGCCGGCACACGGCGGACCUCAGGGGAAAGGAUGCAACCAUCAGGGGAGCGCUCGUCCAUCCGGGCCGAGCCGGAGGACAGACCCCAUGUGGCGGCGAGUGGGAGGUUUGUGGCUGUUACUGGAAGCAGCAGCCUGCGAACCCCCCAGCACGCCAAGGCAGAGAUCCGCGGCGGCGGUGGCGAGCGCCACUCUGACGGGCCUCUGACGUCUCUAUCUGCGGCGCUCGGCGUGGAGCUGGCCCCGGCCACCUACAUUAACAUAAACAAGGCGUGCUGCUGGGGUCCGCCUUAUCAUCAGUUGGUGCCGUACGCUGACAGCGCCGGGCUUCAUUAUAUCCGUCCUGCCCAUCGGUGGUGCGAACACUGUGCUGUUCUACCGGCUUUCUCCGGCACGUCGCUGGCGGCUGCCAUGUUUAAUGACCCUCCUCCUCCUGUAUCCAGCACUCAGUGGGCACAGCUAAAUAAGCGUUUCAGCUGGAGGAGGGAGUCAGUUUGGAUCCGUAAAGUGUUCACCAUGCUGUGGACUGCGAGCCUCUGCCUCAUGUGGGCCGCCUCCGUCCUCGGAGCGCCGACGGUCAAACAGAAACAGAAGAUGCUGCUGGUCUCCUUCGACGGUUUCCGGUGGGAUUACGACCGCGACGUGGACACGCCGAACCUGGACGCGAUGGCCAAGGAUGGAGUCAAAGCUCUGUACGUCACACCUCCUUACCUCACCGUCACCAGUCCGACACACUUCACCCUCCUGACAGGCCGCUACAUCGAGAAUCACGGGGUGAUCCACAACAUGUUCUUCAACACAACCAACCAAAUGAAGCUGCCGUACUAUCCCACGCUGUUUGUGAAUAAAUGGUGGGACAACGGCAGCCUGCCGAUCUGGAUCACAGCGCAGAGACAGGGCCUAAAGGCCGGCUCUCUUCACUUCCCUGGCACAGCGUGUACUUACGAUGGAGAGGUUCCUUUAAUGGCGGAGCAGGAACCGGCGCUUUACGACUACAAGAACGAGACCGCUUGGAAAGAGAACACGGACAAAGUGAUGAGCUGGUUCAGAGAUCUGGAUCUGGACUUCAUAUCCCUGUAUUUCGGUGAGCCGGAUGCCACAGGCCACAAAUUUGGCCCCGACUCCCCAGAGCGUAAGGAAAUGGUCAGGCAGGUGGACCGACAGGUGGGCUACAUUCGACGCUCUGCGGAGCUGCACGGGCUGAAUGACAACCUGAACAUCAUCAUCACAGCUGACCACGGCAUGACCACAGUGUUCAGCAAGGACGUGGUGAAAGAGAUCACCCUGUCCAAGAUCCCGAAUUUCUCAUUCAGCGACGUAUCCUUCCACCUGCUGGACUACGGCCCUUCUGGGAUGCUGCUGCCAAAGCCGGGCAAGCUGGACAAGGUUUACAAUGCCUUGAAGGGGGCCCAUCCAAACCUCCACGUGUACAAGAAGGAGGAGAUGCCAGAGAACCUUCACUUCUCCAAAAACGAUCGUAUCCUCCCCAUCGUUUUAUGGACCGACCCUGGAUACCUAAUCAACGGGUAUUUCCAUGUUCAGUUCAACAAAGGUGAGCACGGCUACAGCAACCAAGAGAUGGACAUGAAGGCCUUCUUCAGGGCGGUGGGACCCGCAUUCCACAAGAACCUGGAGGUGGGGCCCUUUGAGACGGUGAACAUCUACCCCUUGAUGUGUCACAUCCUGGACAUCCAGCCGGAGGUCAACGACGGCAACUUGAGACUGGUCGAACACAUGCUGGUCACCAGGGACACAACUCGCAAGGAAAGUGUGAACACUGUGACACAGGCCUUCAUUGGAUUGGCUGCAGUGGUUGGAUUUCUCGGAGUAGCUUUUAUAGUGUUGGUAAUCCACAAAGCAGUUAAGAAAACACGCAAGAAUAAAAGAUCGGGAAGUUCAGAACAUCAUCGGGAAAACGAUCCGACGAAACAAACUUCGUUUUGA